CUAUUGGUUCUUUUCCCGGCUCCGUCGGUUGCCGUGGAGACCAAGGCUAUGGCAACCAGGAGAAGCCAAACUUGGUCCUUCCUGUGGGACGGCGUAGGGGUCCCAGGCAAGCGGCCGGAAUCCGCGCGGCGUUCAUGGCGCUCUACGAGCUCUUCUCUCACCCGGUGGAGCGCGGCUACCGCGCGGGGCUCUGCUCCAAGGCCGCUCUGUUCCUGCUGCUGGCCGCCGCGCUCACGUACAUCCCGCCACUGCUGGUGGCCUUCCGGAGCCACGGGUUUUGGCUGAAGCGGAGCAGUUACGAGGAGCAGCCGACCGUGCGCUUCCAGCACCAGGUGCUGCUCGUGGCCUUACUGGGACCGGAGUGCGGCGGGUUCCUGGCCUGGAGCACGUUCCCCGCCUUCAACCGGCUGCAGGGGGAUCACCUGCGCGUCCCGCUGGUUUCGACUCGAGAAGAAGACAGGAACCAGGAUGGGAAAAUGGACAUGUUACAUUUUAAGCUGGAGCUUCCCCUGCAGUCCACGGAGCAGGUUCUCGGUGUGCAGCUCAUCCUGACUUUCUCCUACCAGUUGCACAGGAUGUCCACGUUCGUGAUGCAGAGCAUGGUGUUUCUGCAGUCCUCCUUCGCGGUUCCAGGCUCGCAGCUGUAUGUGCACGGGGACCUGAGGCUGCAGCAGAAGCAGCCCCUAAGCUGCGGCGGCCUGGACGUGAGAUACAACGGCUCUCUUGUGAGAGAGAUGCAAAUCGGCCGCACUUUCCACUCCUGCGCCUCUAAGUUUCCCUUCAGAACUUCGGUUUCCAGCGCUGAGAGACGGUCAAGGGGAGACCUGGAGCGAGAAGGGAGGGCUCGGGAGCACGUGCGCGCACACAUGCGCGGGUGGGCGACCCCAGAACACGAGGACGGUCCACCUGCCCUCGGCCUAACACACAGUCGUCUGUCAUCGGCUCAGCUGCGGGGCCCUUUAUCCCUGCCCUGCCGGGGCUGGCUUGUUGCCCUGCCUUUCGCCCUGUCUGUGCCCCCUGGAACAGCAGGCUUCAGCCAGAGCGCUGUUUAGGCCACAACCCCCGCAGCAACAGCGGAGGAAGUAAGGAUGAGAACCACAGUCGCCUUCUCUCUGGCCCUCCUCCAACAGCCUGGACACUUGCCACUCUUCGUCCUGGACAGCCCUCCCCCUUCUUGAAGAGGACGUGGGUGACAGAGGAGCUGUUGUUGGUAUUGGCUCCCACUGCCAACGGCCACAGAGCUCCUUUGGACGGCCAGCGGGAAGCCCGGCUACUCGAAUUUCCCUUGAUGAAGGAACCUGGUGCCGAUGCGGGUGAGCGGCUUUGCGGGGGACGCACGAGGUGCGAUGAGGGGAUGAAGGGAGUGUUCGCCCAGGCAGCCCACUCUGGCCUGGCCAGUUGCAGAGUGUCAGGCAGGCCAGCAGGCUCAUCCUCUUGCUCUGGUGGGUGUCUGCAGGCUGAGACCACUGAAAUGGGCCCCUGUUGCCCGAGGAAGACUGCUGCUCCGUUCUUGGCCUGCAGAGACAAGCUGCCCGCAAAGCACAAAUGGAUCUGCUUUAUGAUCCCAAGAUAUUGGCACUGGAGACAUGCCCGUUCUGACCCAUGCAUUAUGCCGACGCUGGAACACUCUCCUCACCGUAUGCCUCAGUUUACCUUGGAGGUUCAGUUCUCAUUUCCAAAGCACCUUGUCUUUCAGGCUGACCAAAAUAAGAAAUAUUUUGAAGAAUUCAAGCACAAAAAUAGCUUACCACUGGUCCCUCUGCCUUUUCUUUUAACAUCUAGGGCUGUUGAUAAUACCUAAAGAUUUUCUCUUGAGAUAUAAUGGAAAAAAAAAAAAAAAAAGCCAAAACCGGUUUUUGGUUUGAAUCACAAGAAGGUAACGAGAUGUGGAAAGACAGCUAAAGAUGUAAAUAAACACUGCGUUUUGUUAAAUUAUUUUAAUGCAGAAUUUGUAUAAAGAACCAUGAUGUUUUGUACCUUUCUAAUUAAAAUAUUCAAAACUGAA